AUGAAUCAUUCCCAGGACACCGGCCCUCGAGGCAUGCCUGAAGACAGAAAACUUUAUAUUGUGGAUUCCAUAAAUGACUUAAACAAACUAAACCUCUGUCCUGCCGGAUCACAGCACCUUUUCCCGCUCCAGGAGAAAAUCCCAGACGUUGGCACUAACUCAGGAAAUGGAAGUCAUAGUCUAUUUUUUAUGGGGCUGAUAAUGGUGCUGAUUGUCAGCCUGGCCCUGGUUUCCUUUGUGAUUUUUCUAAUAGUUCAAACUGGAAACAAGAUGGAUGAUGUGUCAAGAAGACUAACAGCUGAGGGAAAGGACAUAGACGAUCUUAAGAAAAUCAACAGCCUGAUUGUAAAGCGACUCAAUCAACUGGACGCUGAACAAAACUAAAGAAAUGAGCAUCCAAAAGCAGCUGCUAACGCCGGAGCUUCACACUUUACUGGGCGUGCACAGGGUUAUGAAGUGAGCAUGCGCAUUUCUGCAGGCAACAGAAUAUCUGGUUCGUGAUCCCAACCCUGGGGCCAACUUUCUGCUACAGGGAUGGGAGCAACUCCAAGGCAAAGGGGCAUGGGAUAGCAGCCAGAAAAGGGCUCUUUUUAUGGUAGGGUCCUUCUGCUUCAUUGGGGUCUAGGGUGGCUGGCAUGAAGGAGAACCAACAGUUAGCAAGAGAAUUCGGCUCUGUACCUACACCUUCUCUUACAAAAGGAGUGUUGUCACCAGAAUAAGUUCACUGUACCAGUGAGGUUCAUGGCACCUCAUGCGCCUUUAUGAAUUCCUGUGACAGCCUAAUGAAUCCAGUGAGUUAUUUGUAUUCAAGGGAACCAGGUGAUGACUCUUCUCAAUAAAAAAUUCUGCUCAGGUGAUUAAACUCUGACUCUUCCCCAAGGACAGGGGAUGGGUGGGUUUCAGAGCCAAUUGCCUUCUGGUAUUUGCUAGUAGUAUUGAUAUGAUAUAUGGUAGGGUGGGGGUCAAUAGAGAGAGCCUAAGUUAUUCAACCAAUGUUUAUUGAGCUCUUUGUGCAAACCAUCUGUCUACUUUAGAAGAGUUUACAUUCAAUUGGGGAACAAAGGAAAUGUAUGGUUAUAUAUAUAUUAUAUAAGCUUUGUUGGCAUUCUUUCUCAUGAAAAAUCCUUCAGUAUUCUGCUGCUUAAUUUUGAAGCAAUCUGAUAGGUUUGUGGUCUUUACUAAGCUACAGUAGGAAAUUGUGUAUUUGGAAUAUUUGAAAUCUGCCCUGUUUUAGCCCAAAAGGUAAGGUACACAGUUUGUGAUAUAAGAUAUGGUGUGAUAUAAAUGAGCUUAAAAAGCAUAUGAGUCUUAGAAAAUCUUUUAUUUAAUACAAAUAUAUUGUGCAAGUUUAUUGAAGAAUGCAUUGCGAUGGGGCGCCUGGGCGGCUCAGUUGUUAAGCGUCUGCCUUCGGCUCAG